GUAUAUUUGCUUUUAUGGGUCCGGAAAUCUUUCUUCUUGUUCACUAAAAGUUCCUAAAACACCAAACAUUGCCUUGCUCAGAAAGUUUCAGAGCGCGGAGUCGAAAGUUUGCAGAGCAGAAAACAACAAUGGAGGCGCCCAAGACCAUAGCCCACGAGAUCGGAGGACUUCAAAACGAUGCGCUUCGCUUCGGCCUUAACGGCGUCAAGAGCGAUAUCGUUGGAUCUCAUCCUCUCGAAUCGGCUUGCCAAUCUGCGAGAAAAACACAAGAGGAGAUAAAGAGGAAAAUUCUGGCCAACACAUAUGGAAGUGCGUUCCCCUUGAAAAUGGACCUUGACAGGCAAAUUCUUUCACGAUUUCAGAGGCCUCCAGGAGCAAUUCCCUCUUCAAUGUUGGGUUUGGAGGCAAUGACUGGAACCUUGGAUGACUUUGGCUUUGAGGAUUAUCUAAAUGAUCCGCGUGAUUCAGAAACCUUCCGGCCAGUUGAUAUGCAUCACGGGAUGGAAGUUCGCCUGGGGCUGUCAAAGGGUCCAGUCUGCCCAAGUUUUAUAUAAUAAUGUUUUACUUUGUUAAUGCAUUGAAUGAAAUCCAGUCAGGCUAGUCAGCUUUUUAAAUGUUUUUCUUUUGGAUCAUCAUUAAUCCAUUAAGGAUUUCUUAAGCUGUCACUUUCAUCUAAACAUGUAUUCUUCUAAAGAUCAAACAUCUAUUGUGUUAUGCUGAUUUCCCUAUGGAUAUAAACUACAUAGCCUUGGGUA